GAACUUUAUUGUUCUUGCUAAAACCCCUUUGAACAUUUUGCACUGCGGAGGUCAACAUCCACUACUCCUCUGAUUUCAUUCUUGUAAUCCGAUGGAACUUGACCCAGAAGAUGUUUUCAGAGAUGAAGACGAAGACCCAGAAAGCCAAUUCUUCCAGGAAAAAGAAGCUUCCAAAGAGUUUGUAGUUUAUCUAAUCGACGCUUCUCCCAAAAUGUUCAGUUCUACUUGCCCCUCUGAAGAUGAGAAACAAGAAAGCCAUUUUCACAUUGCUGUUAGUUGCAUUGCUCAGUCACUCAAGUCUCAUAUUAUCAACCGUUUUAAUGAUGAAAUUGCGAUAUGCUUCUUUAACACUCGUGAAAAGAAGAAUCUUCAAGAGCUGAAUGGUGUUUAUGUCUUUAAUGAUCCACAAAGGGAGUGUAUUGACCGUCCAACAGCGAGGCUGAUUAAAGACUUUGAUGUCAUUGAAGAAUCAUUCAUAGAAAACAUUGGCAGUCAAAAUGGUAUAGUCUCAGAUUCUCGGGAGAAUUCUCUUUAUAGUGCUCUCUGGGUUGCACAAGCACUACUGCGCAAAGGAUCUUCAAAGACAGCAGAUAAGCGCAUAUUUCUAUUCACUAAUGAAGAUGAUCCUUUUGGGAGUAUGAGGAUUUCUGUAAAAGAGGAUAUGACGAGGACUACAUUGCAGAGAGCUAAGGAUGCACAAGACCUUGGCAUCUCAAUCGAACUUCUUCCCCUCAGUCACCCUGAUAAGCAAUUUGAUAUAUCUCUCUUCUACAAGGAUUUAAUUGGAUUAAAUGGUGAUGAGCUUACGGAAUUCAUGCCAUCAGUUGGACAGAAGUUAGAGGACAUGAAGGAUCAACUAAAGAAGCGUGUACUUGCCAAGAGAAUAGCAAAAAGAAUUACGUUUAUGAUAUGUGAUGGUGUUUCUAUUGAACUGAAUGGUUAUGCUUUGCUCCGUCCUGCUACUCCUGGAACCAUAACCUGGCUUGACUCUACUACUAAUCUUCCGAUAAAGGUGGAAAGAUCAUAUGUUUGUGCGGACACUGGAGCGAUAAUGCAAGAACCUAUACAACGGAUUCAGCCUUACAUAAAUCAGAAUGUCAUGUUUACAGCGGCAGAGCUAUCCGAACUAAAAAAGAUAACAACCGGACACUUAAGACUGCUGGGGUUCAAGCCUCUUAGUUGCCUCAAAGAUUAUCACAACAUGAAGCCUUCUACAUUUCUCUAUCCAACUGAUAAGGAAGUUAUUGGGAGCACUCGUGCAUUCAUUGCCUUGCAUAGAUCCAUGAUACAGCUUGGACGUUUUGCUGUUGCCUUUUAUGGUGGUACGACGCCUCCGAGAUUGGUUGCACUUGUUGCUCAGGAUGAAAUCGAGAGUGAUGGUGGUCAAGUGGAGCCACCAGGGAUGAAUAUGAUAUACCUUCCAUAUUCUAAUGAUAUUAGAGAUAUCGAAGAGUUGCAUUCGAAACCAGGUGUAGCUGCUCCUCGAGCAUCAGAUGAUCAGCUUAAAAAGGCAUCAGCUCUGAUGCGACGUCUAGAGUUAAAAGACUUUUCUGUUUGCCAAUUUGCUAAUCCCGCUUUACAGAGACACUACGCGAUGUUACAAGCCAUUGCAUUGGAUCAAGAAGACAUUGGAGAAACUAGAGAUGAGACGCUUCCUGACAAAGAAGGAAUGAACAGACCUACAGUUGUAAAAGCAAUAGAAGAAUUUAAGGAGUCUAUUUACGGUGAUGACUCUGAGGAAGAAAGUGACUCAGGGGCAAAGGAGAAAUCAAGAAAGCGAAAAGCUGCGGAUGCAGGAGACUAUGACUUUGUAGAGCUUGCAAAAUCCGGGAAGCUCAAGGACUUGACGGUGGUGGAGCUGAAGACAUAUUUGACUGCCAACAGUCUUCCCCUCGGCGGGAAGAAAGAUGCUCUCAUCAAUCGGAUUCUGGCUCACCUUAGUAAAUAACCUUAACCGUGACUAACUCCGGUUAGAGAAAAGCUUGUCGGCUUUUGAUGAGAACCGAAUCUGGUUAACUUCUGGUUCAUAGUUCAACGUUUUGGUUCACAAACCUUUUGUUUUGAAUGUACACAAACGAACUUUUCUCGUCUCUUCCUUCUUAGUCUUACCUUUGUGAAUUUCA